UACUCCAGGAAGGCGUCCUCAGUUUCCCGAAUGGUCCCGGGGGACCGAGCCCCCCCAGACUCGCUCUCCGGCCUAGGGUGUUGGGGGUCCCGGGCCUCAGUUUCCCCGCUCGGCCCUCGCGCCGCGCCCCGCACGCGCCCACCGGCGGCGGCCACGGGCUUGGGCGCCCCCCUCCCCACUCGGGGCGGGGCCGCGUCACGUGCCGGGAAGGAGGCAGCGGCGGGGCGCGGGGCGCAGCGGCCAUGGCAGCUCCGGAGCCGCCGUCCCCGGCGGGCGGCGCGGGCGAGGAGGCGCCGGAGGAGGACGAGGACGAGGCGGAGGCCGAGGACCCCGAGCGGCGGCCGGCGGGCGCGGGCGGCGGGCGCGGCGGCGCUGGCAGCGGCAUCGGCGGGGCCGGGGGCGGCGGCGGGCUGGGGGGCGCGCUCACCAGGCGCGCGGUCACCCUGCGGGUGCUGCUCAAAGACGCGCUGCUGGAGCCGGGUGUCGGGGUGCUGUCCAUCUACUACUUGGGGAAGAAGUUCAUGGGGGACCUGCAGCCAGAUGGGAGAAUCGUCUGGCAGGAGACGGGGCAGGUGUUUAACUCGCCCAGCGCCUGGGCCACCCACUGCAAGAAACUGGUGAACCCGGCCAAGAAGUCGGGCUGCGGCUGGGCCUCCGUCAAGUAUAAGGGCCAGAAACUGGACAAGUACAAGGCUGCCUGGCUGAGGCGAAACCAGCUCCAUGUGCCCGUGGUGGCUGCUGAAGAGAGCCCAGUCAGCGAAGGGGAGGAGGAGGAGCUGCUGAUGGAGGAGGAGGAGGAGGAAGAGGAGGUUUCCUCCAGGGUCUCCGUGGAGGACAAGAGCCGAAGAGCACUGGGGCAGGACCCCUCGGAACCCACCCACCCUGAGGCCCUGCCUGCGGGGAAGCAGCUGGAAAGCAAGAUCCAGGUGCCUGUCCGCUACUGCAUGUUGGGGAGUCGAGACUCUGCCAGGAACCCCCACACCCUGGUGGAAGUGACAUCCUUCACAGCCAUCAACAAGUUCCAGCCGUUCAAUGUGGCCGUUUCCAGCAACGUGCUGUUCCUGCUGGACUUCCACAGUCACCUGACGCAGAGCGAGGUCGUGGGUUACUUGGGGGGCCGCUGGGACAUCAACAGCCAGAUGCUCACGGUGCUGCGAGCUUUCCCCUGUCGGAGCCGGCUCGGGGACCCCGACACGGCGGCCGCGGUCGAAGAGGAGAUCUGCCACAGCCUGUUCCUGCGGGGCCUGUCCCUGGUGGGCUGGUACCACAGCCACCCGCACGGCCCGGCGCUGCCCUCGCUGCAGGACAUCGAUGCACAGAUGGACUACCAGCUGCGGCUGCAGGGCUCCAGCAACGGCUUCCAGCCCUGCUUGGCCCUGCUCUGCUCCCCUUACUACUCUGGCAACCCAGGCCCCGAGUCCAAGAUCUCCCCCUUCUGGGUCAUGCCGCCCCCUGAGCAAAGACCGGGUGACUAUGGGAUCCCCAUGGACGUGGAGAUGGCCUGCGUCCAGGACGGCUUCCUGACUAACGACAUCCUGCGUGAGAUGAUGCAGCUGGUGGAGUUCUACAAGGGUGCCCCCGACCUCGUGCAGUUCCAGGAGCCCUGGAGCCCGGAGCACACUUACCUCGACAAGCUGAAGAUCUCCUUGGCCAGCAGGACGCCCAAGGACCUGGGGCCGGGCCACGUGCUGGAGCAGGUCUAUAGCAUCCUCAAGCAAGGGAGCUGAACGCGCCGCCCCCAGGCCCAGCAGAGACCCCCCAGAGGGGCUGCAUCCUGGGGGUCGUGCGGGGGGCCCUGGUCCCCAUCCCUGCCGCCCAGUGGCCCUGGGGGCUUCCUUGGGGGCUGGGCUGUUCCUUCUGGGUGACUUGGUUGUGCAACGGGAGAGACUCAGAUAAUAAAGCGAUGAGAGAAACAAA